CGGAAUAAAAAAAUACUUGCUGAUCUAGUUUUCUUUAAAUCUUGUUUUCUUCUUCGAAAACUGCUUUUUCUGACGUUGAGCAUUGCCGUUCAGCAUUCUGUCGUUCAGCAUUGUUCACCAAGGUUCUACUUUAAGUUGCAAUGUCUUAACUUUCAAAACAAUAAAAGCUAAACUUACAAACUAUUUAUAUACGUUUAAAGAAGGUCGAACAGUGACAACCUAUGAAGAAGCAUGAUUAUCUAUAAACAUAAAUUAUUUGUAGAUGCAUAUAUUUAUGUUGGUAUGAUUUUAUCUAAACCGUGGAUUGGCUCGUAUGACAACAUUUUUUUCUCAUGACGUUAAAAGGUGCAAGUUCUGCUCUGUCGCUGUAUCGAAAUUUCAUCGAAUCUUAUCCGAUUGGUAUAAAAUGCGCCUAUUUACUCAAUUAUUGAAUUGAAGCUCUAUUAUCUAAGGAUGUAUUUGUUUUCCGGUCAAUGAUACGUAUUUUAUCUAAGAAGCUGUUUUACCAGAUAAAAUAUGAAUAAAAUUGUCCAGUAUAUAGUUCUUUAACAUGUCGAGUCAACCAAAUGCUCUUAUAAUUGGAACAGGUGAAUAUGUCACGGGUUACGUGCCUGGUGGAGGAUCCAAGUCUGACAAAUCAUGCGGGGUUGUAGGUCUGGUACAUUUCGACCUGCGGCGACGUGGUCUAAUUGGUGAUCAAAUUCUAAUUGCCGGGACUAAUGGAACUAAGUUUCCACAUGCUAGAGAGCAUUUGAAGAGAUUGAUUGAUGGCAGGUACAAGGACUUGAGUUCAAACUUCGAGAGUUUCCCGGGGAAUGACGUAAAGAGAGACCCAGAUGCAUAUUUGGCUGCACUGAAAAUAUUGAAAAGCGGCGACAUAGUGUCUGUGUUCACCCCUGAUGAUACUCAUUUUGCGAUGACCAAGGCCGCUCUGGAACAUGGAUGCCACGUAAUGGUAGCCAAACCACUAGUUCUUGACUUUACACAGCACCAGAUUCUAGCGACAUUAGCCAACGAGAAGAAUAGGCUGCUAUUAGUUGAAGUGCACAAGAGAUUUGAUCCGAUCUACGCAGAUGCGAGACAGAGACUAAACUCGGGGAAGAUGGGCGACUUCGGAUACUUUUACUCCUACAUGAGUCAGCCAAAGUUCCAGCUAGAUACAUUUCAGGCAUGGGCUGGCAUAUCGAGUGACAUCAGCUACUACCUCAACUCGCACCACGUUGACUGGCAUGUGUGGGCCAUGCAGGGCAAAGGAAGGCCUCUGAAAGUAUCUGCUACUAGCUCUUCAGGCCAAGCUGAGAAAAGAUUCAACGAUGGUCGUCAUUGCGAAGACACCAUUACCCUAAUGGUGGAGUGGGAGAAUGUUAUCUCGGGGUCAAAAGGUCACGCAGUGUACACUGCCUCCUGGACUGACCCCACCUCUGAUGUGCACAGUCAGCAACACUUCUACUGCCAGACUCACAAAGGGUUCCUCAAAGCAGAUCAGGCACAUAGAGGCUACUAUGUGAGUACGGAUGAGGAUGGCUUCAAAUCUGUCAAUCCCCUGUACAUGAAGUACACCACUGACUCGGAGGGAUACUACAGUGGUCAAUCUGGCUACGGAUACCAGAGCUUUGAGAAGUUUGUACUGGCUGCACAACAGGUGAACGACGGUUUGAAAUCAGCUUGUGACUUCGAACACCUGCUCCCUACUGCUUCUACCACUUUGCAAGUGAGUGCAAUUCUACACGCAGGCAGAAUUAGUCUGGAUCGGAAGAAAACUGUUGUAAUAAACUACUCGGAUGAAAACUCUAAAUUUGACCCUGUGUCUAUCUCAACAUAAUUUAAUUGAAAAAGUUCUUUGUAUUCUAGAGAUAUACAAUUAAAUUAAAUCUGGUGAUUGAACUCCGUCUUGCGG